AUGUCUAGCUCUCAUAUGAAAGCCAAGAGAAUAUGGGAUAAUGAUGGAAGGAAAUGUAGAGAAGAGAAGAAACCUAAAGACGGCUUGAGAGAGGUAGAAGAAUCAAACGUUGAAAGCGACUGA